GGUGGGCAGAGGGGAGACAAUAGCGGACAUGCUGUGCGGGCUCAGCCGGGAGCCCCCCGGAGAGGCGGAUGAUGGGCCUUACUGCAAGGGAGGCAAGGAUGCGGGAGGGCCUGAGGUGGCCCUGGCGUGCCGCAGGCAGAGCAUCCCAGAGGAGUUCCGAGGGGUCACCGUGGUGGAGCUGACCAAGAAAGAAGGCAGCACGCUGGGCCUGACCAUCUCGGGCGGUACCGACAAGGACGGGAAGCCCAGGGUCUCCAACCUGCGGCCCGGGGGGCUCGCGGCCAGGAGCGACCUGCUCAACGUGGGCGACUACAUCCGCUCGGUGAACGGGAUCCACCUGACGCGGCUCCGCCAUGACGAGAUCAUCGCCCUGCUCAAGAACGUGGGCGAGCGUGUGGUGCUGGAGGUGGAGUAUGAGCUGCCCCCGCCCGCCCCUGAGAACAACCCAAGGACCAUCACUAAGACAGUGGACGUCUCCCUCUACAAGGAGGGCAGUAGCUUUGGCUUUGUCCUCAGAGGAGGUGCCCACGAAGAGGGGCACAAGUCCCGCCCCCUGGUCCUGACCUACGUGCGGCCCGGCGGUCCGGCUGACAGGGAGGGCUCCUUGAAGGUGGGCGACAGGUUACUCAGCGUCGAUGGGACCCCGCUGCACGGGGCCAGCCAUGCCACGGCCCUGGCCACCCUGCGGCAGUGCGGCCACGAGGCUGUCUUCCAGGUGGAAUACGACGUGGCCACCCCAGACACGGUGGCCGGCAUGCCGGGGCCCCUGCUGGUGGAGAUAGCCAAGACGCCGGGGUCCGCCCUGGGCAUCUCACUCACCACGGGCUCCCACCGGAACAAGCCGGUCAUCACCAUCGACCGCAUCAAGCCGGCCAGCGUGGUGGACAGGAGCGGAGCCCUGCACGCCGGGGACCACAUCCUGUCCAUCGACGGCACCAGCACGGAGCACUGCUCGCUGCUCGAGGCCACCAAGCUCCUGGCCAGCGUGUCGGAGAAGGUGCGGCUGGAGAUCCUGCCCGCACCCCAGGGCCGGUGGCCACCCAAGCCCUCUGAGGCAGUGAAGGCGCAGAGGAGCGAGCAGCCACACCACUGGGACCCCUGCGUGCCGCCCUGCCACAGCCCCCGGCCAGGCCACUGCAGGACACCCAGCUGGGCCCCGCCUGCCGGCCAGGACCAGAGCCGAUCCUGGUCCUCGACCCCCUUCUCCUCGCCCAUCAUGAACCACGCCUUCCCCUGCACCAACGCCAGCACACUUCCCCGCGGGUCCCAGCCCAUGAGCCCCCGGACUACGAUCGGGCGAAGGAGGCAGCGUCGCAGGGAACACAAGAGCUCACUGUCCCUGGCCUCCAGCACCGUCGGGCCGGGCGGGCAGAUCGUACACACAGAGACCACGGAGGUCGUGCUCUGCGGAGACCCCCUCAGCGGCUUCGGCCUCCAGCUCCAGGGUGGCAUCUUCGCCACGGAGACCCUGUCCUCCCCUCCCCUCGUGCGCUUCAUUGAGCCAGACAGCCCGGCCGAGAGGUGUGGGCUGCUGCAGGUAGGGGACCGCGUCCUGUCCAUCAAUGGCAUCGCCACCGAGGACGGGACCAUGGAAGAAGCCAACCAGCUGUUGCGGGACGCCGCGCUGGCCCACAAGGUCGUGCUGGAGGUCGAGUUCGACGUGGCCGAGUCCGUCAUCCCGAGCAGUGGCACCUUCCACGUGAAGUUGCCUAAGCGGCGUGGCGUGGAGCUGGGCAUCACCAUCAGCUCGGCCAGCAGGAGGCAGGGCGAGCCCCUGAUCAUCUCGGACAUCAAGAAGGGCAGCGUCGCACACAGGACGGGCACCCUGGAGCCAGGCGACAAGCUACUGGCCAUCGACAACAUCCGCCUGGACAACUGCCCGAUGGAGGACGCCGUGCAGAUCCUGCGGCAGUGCGAGGACCUGGUGAAGCUCAAGAUCCGCAAGGACGAGGACAACUCCGAUGAGCAGGAGACCACGGGUGCCAUCAGCUACACGGUGGAGCUGAAGCGCUACGGGGGCCCCCUGGGCAUCACCAUCUCUGGCACCGAGGAGCCUUUCGACCCCAUUGUCAUCUCGGGCCUCACCAAGCGUGGACUGGCCGAGAGGACUGGCGCCAUCCACGUGGGGGACCGUAUCCUGGCCAUCAACAGUGUUAGCCUCAAGGGCCGGCCGCUGAGCGAGGCCAUCCACCUCCUGCAGGUGGCCGGAGAGACCGUCACGCUGAAGAUCAAGAAGCAGCUGGACCACCCCCUCAUGCCCCGCAAGUCGGGCAGCCUCAGCGAGGCCAGCGACGUGGACGAGGACCCUCCGGAGGCGCUCAAAGGCGGCCUGCUGGCCCCCGCCGUGCCCAGCGUGGACAGCGCCGUGGAGUCCUGGGACAGUGCGGCCACGGAGGGUGGCUUUGGGGGCCCAGGGCCCUACGUCCCACAGGCAGCGGCCCGGGGGAUGAGCCCCCAGGAGUGGAGGCCCGGCCGGCUGAGGAGCAGCCCCCCACCCGCUGAGCCCCGGAGAAUGAGCUACACCCCAGCCUCUGCCAGCGAGAGCUUCCCGGAGGAGGAGGAAGAGGAGGAGUGGGAGCCACCAGCUAGCUCAGCCCCCGGCCCCGCCCACGAGGAGGGCUUCUGGCGCGUGUUCGGGGAAGCCCUUGAAGACCUGGAGUCGUGUGGUCAGUCGGAACUGCUGAGGGAGCUCGAGGCAUCCAUCAUGACGGGCACUGUGCAGAGCGUGGCCCUCGAGGGCAGGCCUGGCCGCCGGCCCUGGCAGCGGGGCCGGGACGUGCGCGCUUCCCCCGGAGAGGCACAGGAGCUGCUGCGGCCGGCUCCGCUGAAGAUGCACAAGGUGACCCUGCACAAGGACCCGGUGCGGAAUGACUUUGGCUUCAGCGUCUCAGAUGGCCUUCUGGAGAAGGGUGUCUAUGUCCACACCGUGCGUCCUGAUGGGCCUGCCCAGCGCGGGGGCCUCCAACCCUUCGACAGGGUCCUUCAGGUAAGGCUGGGGCAGAGGUCCCGGGGGAGAAGGGCAGGCUGUCCCAGUCAGCUCAGGGUACGUUGUGGCGCAGUAAGAGAACAGCCCCGAACCUCAGCAGCUGAGCACACACUUACCCUCUGCGUCCACUGUGGGCCCGGGUAGCCCUGCCCUAUCUGGGCUGAUGCAGAAGCCCUACGUCUUUAAGGGUCCCUCUGAGACAUGGGGUCCCCUCAGACCCUGUGAGGAAGCAAGCCUGGAAAAUCGCAGGUGGCUUUUUCUGCCUUCGCCUGGAAGCUACACCUGCCACGUUCCUAUUGGCCAGAACCAGUAUGUGACCUGCCUGGCUGCAAGGAGCCUGGGAAGUGGGAGGUGUCCUGGCCUGGCCACCCUGGCCCAGCGUUCCCCAUGCCUAGCCACUUCUGUUCCCUGGGUGUGUGGUGUUGCCGGACUUGUAGUAAAUUUACUCCACUGAUAUUUCCUCU